UCCUGACUCGGUGGAUGGUUGGAUCCUUCUUGGCACCCUUCAUGCUGCGUGCUGGCUUGUUUGGAUUGAGAGGAACAAGAGAAUCUUUCCAGACAAGAGGAUCUUGCCUAAGAUUGUUGCUCGUCAGGUGGUCCGGAAUUCUUUGGAAUAGAUGAUUGUUUUCGGGAAGAUUGCUAAGAAUCAAGGGACUCAAUGGCUUGAAGCAAGGUCCCACCUUUUGUAGUGUGCUUUUGGGUUUGUUGUUUCCUCUGGUUGCCUCUAUUCCGGAGCAGGUUCUCCGUCCCUCUGGCUUCGGCUUGGAUGUUGUGUGGCUACUUUCUGGGAGUUGUUUCUUUUGUGGUUCGAGUCGUCGCUUGGUCGUCUGUUGUUUGGCUGGCGGCCUCUGCACGCAGGGGGAGGUUCUCUCUUUUCGAGCUGUGUGAGCUCCUUGAUGGUCUGUUGUUGGUCGCUUUUGGGUUUGUUUAUGGUCUUUGGCGCCAAGCAGGUAUGGUCUGGUCCAUUUAGCUUGGUUUUUGCAGCAGGCUUGGGCUGGCUUGUCUGUUUGGUUUUGGUUUUGUUCAGUUCCUUCACAACAGAAGUGACUCGGUCCAUUGAGUUGUGUUUCUUUUUCGGCCCUUUGAUCUUUUUGUGUUUAUGUGUUUGCGUUUGUUUUUGUUUUUUCAUUUGCUUGUUGUUUGGGUGGUAGCCCGGUUAAGCUCUUGUGAACCACUACCAUCUGUCGAACUCUGUUCUUCUUUCACUUUGGUUUCUUUUUAUGCAUUUUCACCUUCAUUAAAAAAAUUAUUUGAAAUAAAAAUAAAAUUUUAGAAAAUUAAAAAAGGUGAAAAAUAUACGUAAAUAUAUUAAUAUUAAUUAUCAUAAAACGAGUUGAAAACUAUAUUCUUACUCCAUCCUAUACUACUACGAAUGACGAAUCAGAUAAUAAUGCCCUCUUCAUACAAAUCGGAUAGAUUUGAUCAUGGGAAUGAUGCAUCACUACUCGUACUCCCAUACUCCAACUCGCACCACCACCGCGGUUGUUAACAACCCACAUUUUGUUUUCUUCUCCCCGACUCUGCCAGCUCCUCCCACUACAGUUCCAUCCCCGCACGCUAUUUCCACUCUUUUCCACUUAUGCUUUCUCUCACUCAUUCCAUCACUUCUAUUCCUUUUCCUUCCAUGAAGUCUUCAUAAUUUUGAUUCAAUUUGGGGCUUUCCACUCUCCCUAUCUCUCCCUACCAUGGCAGCGCAACCUGAUCAGCUGGACAGCAGCUUCAACGACCUCGAUUACCUCUCCGGAUUCGGCAACUCACUGGAGUCCGAGGCGAUCGCCGGAGCUCUCCCCCGGGGCCAGAACAGCCCUCUCCUCUGCCCUUACGGCCUCUACGCCGAGCAAAUCUCCGGCACCUCGUUCACCGCCCCGCGAAAGCUCAAUCACCGGAGCUGGAUGUAUCGGAUUAAGCCGUCGGUCACCCACGAGCCCUUCGCCCCUCGAUCCCCUUCUCACGGGAAGCUGGUCAGCGAGUUCAACGAUUCCAACAGCGUCACCACCCCGACCCAGCUCCGGUGGAGGCCCGUCGAUAUCCCUGAUGGUCCGACUCCUACUGACUUCGUUGAUGGCUUGUUCACUGUCUGCGGUGCUGGCAGCUCCUUCCUUCGCCAUGGCUAUGCUAUUCACAUGUACACUGCGAAUAAGUCAAUGGAGAAUUGUGCCCUCUGCAAUGCUGAUGGCGACUUCUUGAUUGUGCCGCAAAAAGGAAGGUUGUGGAUCACCACAGAAUGUGGGAAGUUGCAUGUCUCACCUGGUGAAAUUGCCGUAUUACCUCAAGGAUUCCGGUUCUCUGUAGAGAUGCCUGAUGGUCCAUCACGUGGUUAUGUUGCUGAGAUUUUCGGUACCCAUUUUCAGCUUCCUGAUCUUGGGCCAAUAGGUGCCAACGGUCUUGCUGCUUCAAGGGAUUUUCUUGUCCCCAAGGCCUGGUUUGAAGACGGUAUGCGUCCAGGGUACACUAUUGUGCAGAAGUAUGGAGGUGAACUUUUUACUGCUAAACAAGAUUUUUCACCCUUCAAUGUAGUUGCUUGGCAUGGUAACUAUGCACCAUACAAGUAUGAUCUCAGUAAGUUUUGCCCUUACAACACAGUUUUAGUUGACCAUAGCGACCCUUCAAUUAACACAGUUCUGACUGCGCCUACUGACAAACCGGGUGUGGCUUUGCUCGAUUUUGUCAUUUUCCCUCCACGAUGGUUGGUCGCGGAGCAUACAUUUCGGCCUCCAUAUUACCAUCGUAACUGUAUGAGUGAAUUUAUGGGUCUGAUUCAUGGUGGAUAUGAGGCAAAAGCAGAUGGUUUUCUCCCUGGUGGUGCAAGCCUCCACAGCUGCAUGACUCCUCAUGGCCCAGACACCAAGACUUAUGAGGCCACCAUUGCCCUUGGGGAUGAAGCAAAGCCACACAAAAUCAACAAUACUAUGGCUUUCAUGUUCGAGUCUUGCCUCAUGCCAAGAAUCUGCCUAUGGGCUCUCAACUCUCCCUUCAGGGAUCAUGAUUACUACCAAUGUUGGAUUGGACUAAAAUCUCACUUCAAACUCGAGGACGCAGCAGUACAGAAUGCACAGAUUUGAGCUCGAACGAGACUUACAUGGGCGUAUCGUUGUAAUAAGGCGCUAAGACAGGCAAACAGAAAGUCUCUGUAAUUGCUCUUUGUAAAGAUAUCCAUGUUUGCGUGCGUGUAUAUAUUGUUUGGUAAGUAACCCACAUGUUGUAAAUUAAUGCAUACUCAGAAGAUGAUUGAUUGUAUUUAGAAUCUCAGGUAGGAUCACGAGCUAAGUAUUGCUCAACAUAUUUAGUAGCAGGUUUUUGGUAACCUGCUUGCCUGUGGCCUUAGUAAUCAACGCUAUGGUGGCUCGUUGUGUCGUACCUUGUAAGGCGCAUUUGGGGCGAUGAAAGUAACUUUGCACUAGGUAACAUCGGAUUGCAUAUUCUUGCAUAAUAGCAUUUACAUUAAUUUCAGCCUCAAAUAUAGCCAUGGGAGCUUCAAGUGCUCAAUUUGUUAAGAAAUGAGUAAAUUGAAU